AUGGAGGCAGCCCCUGAGGUCGGCUUGACGUGCUACGACAGCGUCGACGCCGCGAAGGCCUUGGCGCUGCCGUGGCCGGACCUCUACUACAGCCCGGCGUGGGGCGCCGUGGAGCUGGCGGCCGGCGCGUCGGCCUGGGAGCUCGCCCUGUGGCGGCGGCGCGACGACGCGUCCGACGGCGCCGGGCCGGCCUUCGUCGCCUACGCCUACGCGAAGCGGCCCGUGCUGCAACGCGGUCGGCGCGUGGGCUGGGACCUGCGGUCGCCCUACGGCUACUCCGGGCCGUGGUCCUCGCCGGGCGCGACGGAGAGCGACUGGGCCGCGUUCCGCGCGGCCUUCGUGGCCCUGGCGCGCGAGCGCGGCUACGUCUCCGAGUUCGUGCGCUUCUCGCCGCUCUUCCCGCACUUCGCGACGGCCUACGGGGCGGCGGCGGCGACGCUCGCGACGCGAUGCGUCGCGACGAUCGCCGCGGACCUCCGGGACGGCGCCGACGGCUACUGGCGCCGCGCGGCCAAGCAGCACCGGAACAAGGUGCGCAAGGCGCGCAAGCGCGGCGUCGCCGUGGCCAUGUCCGUCGUCGAGACGGCCGCCGACGUCGCCUCGUUCCGCGACCUCUACGAGGAGACGAUGGACAGGCGAAGCGCGUCGCGCUUCUACUACUUCGACGAGGCCUACUACGCCGCCCUGGUCGCCGAGGUCCCGCGCGGCGACUGCUACUAUGCGACGGCGACGGCGGCGGACGGGUCGCUCGUGUCCGCGGCGCUCUUCCUCCGCCACGGCGCCGUGCUCCACUACCACCUCUCGGGGUCGCGCGCGGCGGGCUACGCGCUCGCCGGGCCCAGCGCCAUCCUCGACGCCGCCGCGCGACUCGGCGCGGCCCUCGGCUGCGCGACGCUCCACCUGGGCGGGGGCCUCCGGCCCGGCGACGCGCUCGCGACGUUCAAGCGCGCCGUCGGCGACGUCGUCCUCGACUGGACGCUCGGCACCUCCGUGCUGGAUCCGGGCGCGUUCGACGCGCUCAUGGCGAUCCGCGCGGGCGCGGUGCACACGGACGUGGUCGACCUCGCGGCGCGGGCCGGGGCCUUCUUCCCGGCCUACCGCGCGGGCCUCGACGGCGACGACCUCGCGCAGUAG